AUGAAAAUAUAUUCAACUUCUUCCCAAAAUGGCCAUUCUUUUUUGGUGCCAGCAAAUGCUGGUAACCAUGCUGCAAAUCAAAAUUUAGGAAUCCCACCUAACCUCUCAUUCCGUAAUUCUGUGGUUUCAGUACCGCCACAAAUUCCUGUGCAGCCUAGAGGGCCCACAUUUACUCACAGGUACCACCCAUAUCAACUGCCAUCAAGUUCCCGUUCUGCUGUGGGAAUUGGUUUGUCGGGCACGGGUCCUAGUGGCCCUCUGAAAAUUUUUCCUACCAUAGGGCCUAAAAUACCUGAUAUUUGUACUUCCAAUAUUAUGGAGGGAUCAAACACUCGUUUUCCCAUGAAUCCCUGCACAUCUGCUUCACCAGGUCACUCUCGCUUUGUAACAGAUGGUAGUUUUGGGUCACGGAUUCCGAGUACCUCUCUCGGUAAACAUCCCCUACCAGAUAAAAAAAACGAGCCUGAGGACCCUUUUGCGCACUAUACAAGGCCAUACAUCAUGCAACUAGAUAAGCCCAUUGAGAAAAUGACUGAUCAUGUUAAUGCUGACGAUGAUAAAAGCCCUGAUGAGCUGGAUCUGACAUUGAAGCUUUGA